CACCCGGGCCGCCCCGGGGCAGCCGGGGGCUCCCCCUACCCCCCAGCCAAGGAGGACUGGCAUUCCUACGGGACCGCCGCCGCACCUUCCACCGCCAGCCCGGGGCAGUUCGGGUUCAGCCCCCCAGAUUUUAACUCCAUCCAGCCGCCAGGCUCGGGACUCCUGCCUCCCCCCAUCAGCAGCUCUGUCCCCCAGCUCUCCCCGAACGCCCAGAGACGGACCCCGUACGACUGGAUGAGGCGCAGCAUUCCCAGCACCAGCAGCAGCGGCAAGACCAGGACGAAAGACAAGUACCGGGUGGUGUACACAGACCACCAGCGCCUGGAGCUGGAGAAGGAGUUUCACUACAGCCGCUACAUCACCAUCCGCCGCAAGGCCGAGCUGGCUGGUGCCCUCGGGCUCACUGAAAGGCAGGUGAAAAUCUGGUUUCAAAAUCGGAGGGCAAAGGAGAGGAAGGUGAACAAGAAGAAGAUGCAGCAGCAGAGCCAGCCCACCAGCACCACCACUCCCACCCCACCAGCCGUCGGCACGCCGGGACCCAUUGGAGGCCUCUGCACCAGCAGUGCCCCCAACCUCGUCUCCUCAUCUCCGCUGACAAUCAAGGAGGAAUUCAUGCCUUAA